GCAGCUUCCGGCCGGGGUGUGCGGCGGCGGUGCGGGCUUUGUGGCCGCCCGGGGUUGCGGGGCCGGGUGCCGGCAGUUUUCUCGCCGCCGGGCUCCGGGUGAGUGGGGCGGCUCGGCUCCCACGGGUGGGCAGGCUCUUGGCCGGCGGGGCUCAGCGAGUUAGUCGGUGCUCCCGGCCCUGCUGCCCUUCGCUUUUGCGGGUGUCCGCAUCUUCUCGCUCGGUUCUAACCGGAGCCCAGCGUCUUCUGGCCGAGCUGGGCGUGGUAGAUGCUUGGACCGGUCCGCGGACUUCAGGGGCUGCACUCAGCCUCGGUGCCUGCAGGUCCGGCCUCCAUGUGGCUGCUUGAAGGCUGGCUGCUCAGGUGAUGGAGUGCAGGUGCGUGCAUCGCUGCUGUUUUGCUUCCCUCAGGCCUUUGGGCCUCUGCCCGAGGAGAUGCAGAGCAGGCACUCCAGUGCGUCAAGGGUUGCAGAUAAGGUGGAUUUUGGACAGGAUCAGCGCCGUGUGACCUGAAGGAGGAUUCCCAGGUUCUACUGUAGGAACUAAUGGCGAGAAGGUGAUCCUGAAGCCUGAGUUUCUGGGGAGGAAAAUUCACAUAAGAUGAUGUCUGACAAACUCACUGUGCUAGAGCCCUCUGCCUCUGAGUCCGGGGAAUUCCAUGAAGACAGAUUAGCACAACUGUUGGGGAACCCAGACAGACAGAGCCUGGAGAGUCCCCCGUCUCAGGACGGGGCCUUCAAACAGAUGACAGUGACCCACUGGAAAAUUCAAACAGGAGAAACCGCCCAGAUGUGUAGUAAGUCAGGAAGAAAUCCUAUUCUUAACUCAAACCUUCUUAUACUUCAGAGAGAGCUUAUAGAAGGGGAGGCUCAUUCUUGUGGUGUUGGUGGCAAAAGCUUCCCGUUCAAUUCAGCUGUAGUUCCGCACCAGCUUUCUCACACAGGGGAGAAGCGGGUCCACUCCGGGGACAGACUCUAUGUGUGCAACGUGUGCGGGAAAGAGUUCAUUCACUGUGCAAACCUAGCUGAGCAUCGGCAUGUGCAUACAGGAGAAAAGCCGUUCAAGUGUGCACAGUGUGGAAAAGCGUUCUGUCACAGCGCAGACCUCCUCCGGCACCAGAGAGUUCACACCAGAGAGAGGCCCUUUGAAUGCAAAGAGUGUGGGAAAGGCUUCAGUCAGAGCUCCUUACUCAUUCGCCAUCAAAGAAUUCACACAGGAGAAAGACCCUAUGAGUGUAACGAGUGUGGGAAAUCCUUCAUUCGGAGCUCCAGCCUUAUUCGGCAUUACCAGAUCCACACAGAGGUAAAACAGUAUGAAUGUAGAGACUGUGGGAAAGCCUUUCGACACCGCUCAGACCUCAUUGAGCACCAGAGAAUUCACACUGGAGAGAGACCCUUCGAGUGUCAUGAGUGUGGGAAAGCCUUUAUUCGAAGCUCAAAGCUCAUUCAGCAUCAGAGAAUUCAUACUGGAGAGCGGCCUUAUGUAUGCAAUGAGUGUGGGAAGCGUUUUAGUCAGCCAUCCAACUUCACUCAGCAUAAGAGAAUCCACACUGGGGAAAAACUUUAUGAGUGUAAUGAAUGUGGGAAGGCCUUCUUUCUGAGUUCAUACCUUAUACGACACCAGAAAAUCCACACUGGUGAACGGGUGUAUGAGUGUAAAGAAUGUGGUAAGGCUUUCCUCCAGAAGGCCCACCUCACUGAGCAUCAGAAGAUCCACACUGGAGACAGGCCCUUUGAGUGCAAAGACUGUGGGAAAGCCUUCAUCCAGAGCUCUAAGCUGUUGCUGCAUCAGAUUGUUCACACUGGAGAGAAGCCUUAUGUGUGCAGUUACUGUGGUAAAGGCUUUAUACAGAGAUCCAACUUCCUUCAGCACCAGAAGAUGCACGCUGAAGAAAAGCUCCACAAGUACAAUCAGCAUGGAAAAGAUCUUACCCCACCCCCAGAUCUUGUCCACCAGGAUGCCCUUCCCUUGAGUGAUACCUCCAUUCAUUUAGGCGAGAGGUCAGCAGAUCCGCAGUGUUGUGCAGAUAAUUUAUAAGACACUCUCUGAAUAAGUGGUGCUUGGAAAUGGCCACACUUAGUAUAUAUAUAUGGCCUCUCAGAUGUGGAUUGUCACAGUUUUCCAAGUCACAAAUGGGCUGCUUUUGGUUAGGUUCGCUGUCUGUUACCAGGGCAGGAAAGCUAAGGGCCUGGACAACUGUUUCCUGAGCUGUACACUGAGGUAGAGCCUCUAGAGAACUUUCUAGAUUUUAUUUGAAGUUAAAACACACCCUCAAGUUAAAUCCUUUCGGAGCAGAGUUGUAUUAUUACUUGAGAAAUGGUUACCUAUCUGAAAGGUUGGAGAAAGGGGCUUUUCUCAUGGAAAACUGAAAGUUGGUUCCCUGUUGUCUGGGACUAAUUAAUCUCCAAGCCAUAGGGUUUAGUCUCUAGCCGUGUUUCCUCAAUUGUCUGGCUCCUGGCAAUACAGUUGAUGUGUAUUGCCACCCACAUCCUUCAGGCUGCUCCCCCUCCUGAUGCUUCCCCUUUUCCCAAGUUGCUCCUGAUUAUUAUGUGAGAUCUCUCUCAGGCAUCAUGCCCAGAAAUGCUUUCCUAGUACUGAACUGGGUUUAUGUCUUGUGCUCCUGUUGCACGGUGCUACUGUGCUGGCUUUUAAAUACCACAGUUAAGAAUUUUCUCUUUCUCAUUAUGAUCUUUUUCCGGAGGACAGUAAUCGUGUGUCAUUGAUUCCUAUGUCCAUAGUGUCUAGCACAUGACAAUAAAUGAAACAAAAAACCCAAA